GUAACAUGGUAGUAUCGGUGCGCGAGAAAAUUGGUGGAAAUAACGCGUGGAAGAGCUGAAGCGAGAAAGAACCGGGAAGGUCUUGGUACGAAAACGCGUGAGUAGAGGCAUAAACAAGACCGAUGAAUUUUCUGUACGAAUUUUUAUUGCAAACUUUAUUUUUCUGUCUCAAGUGAGAAGGGAAGACGCGCAGAUUUCUUUGUUGACGCGGUGUUUCCUUUUCAUUGAAAUUUUCUUUCUUAUUGGUGAAAUGAGGGUGCCCAGGAAUUGGGUUCAGGAUAUUUCUUCCACACACGCUUUCAAUAGAUCGGCCUCUCUGAUUUCCUUGUGAGAUAUGUUGGAGUCCAAUUUAUCGGAGGGCAUUUCUUACAGAGACGCCUCAAGUAUGGAGUCUGAUUUGUGGUAUAAUCAUGUCCAUAAAUAUGUCACACUUGACGAGUGUCGCCCUGAAAGAGUGGGAUCAGAAAAUGAGACAUCGGCUUGCAUGUUCAGAGUAUCAACGGCCUUGUUGAAGGAAUGUGAAGAUGCGUAUGUGCCUCAAAUUGUUUCCAUCGGCCCUUACCAUUACGGGAAAGAGGAACUGCGGGGAAUGUUAGAAAUCAAAUGGGAAGCGGUCAGUAGAAUAGUUGUUAGAAUUCUUCUGAGGAAAGGUAGUUACCGUACAUCCAACGAAGAGGAGAAAGACCGCUUUAAAGAAGAGAUGGUAAACUUGUCAAAACAAAUGGUGGCGAAAUUUGGAGAGAAGGCAGACGAUAUAAAACAGUGCUACGAUAUAAAACAGUGCUGCGACAGAGAAACAAAUCUCACUAAUGAUUUCCUAUGUAGUAUGAUGGUUCCGGAUGCUUGUUUCAUACUUGAGUUCUUCAGAUGUUUAUUAAAUGAAUCUGUGGUUGAUAAAGAGAAUCUAGAAAGGUUUUUCCCCAAAUUUGGAUCAAAAUUCAACCCUGUUGUGAGGUCGGAAAUCAUGAAGGAUUUGAUUAAAUUAGAGAAUCAGAUCCCACUCUUUGUCCUGGAAGAAAUUCUUGCUAUGGAGAUGGGAGAAUCCCUUGAAAUUGCUCAGUCCGAACUUCAAAUCUUGCUCAAGGCCGUGUUCCAUGAUAUCUACUAUCGGCCUUUCGAUUAUGUCGCUUCUGGCAAAUCGCACAGGCGGAAUCAUAUUUUGGACAUAUAUUACUACUGUUGUCUUGGAGAUGAAGUGCACCAGGGGGAAAGGCAAAAGGCACAAGACCACAGGAUUUUCCUUGGAAAUUCUAUGGAAGAUUUGAAGAAGCAACAGUCUGAGAGACACAAGGUCCCGUCUGCAGUUCAAUUAGAGAAAGGAGGAUUGAAAAUCCGGGCAUCUGGUAAAAUCCAAGAUCUUAGGUUUGAGGGAAGAACGCUACAUAUACCGCCUAUACAAUUGGAAUCGGACUCAGAAAUAUUCAUCAGGAAUUUAAUGGCUCUGGAAGUUUGUUCCCCGCACAGCCCUUUGAGAAGAAUGACGGCAUUUGUUCAGUUCAUGAAUGAGUUGUGCCAAACAGAGAAAGGAGCAGCGGUGAUGAGAGAAAACGGCGUCAUUGUUGUUAGUCUUGGCCAAGACUCUGAAGUCGCCCGACUCUUCAGCUCGUGUAAGCAAUCGCGUUUACUACCAAGCUGUCAUCCCAUUCAAAGAACUAGGAGAAAACUGAUCAAGUUCUACAGUAGAAAAAGUAGGAUCGCUGCGGCAGAAGCUUGGAAUGAAUUCCAGAAAAUUUACUUUUCGAAACCAUGGUUUCUUAUUGGAGGCAUCGGGGCGACCAUUAUCCUCAUACUUACUGCGGUGCAGGUCUUCUGCUUAUUUCAUUCUUGCGGAGCGCGAUGAAUUAUUGGACGAUCAAGAGUGAGUGGCUGUUGUGUUUUCCUUUCCUCUGCAAUACCUGUGGUUUUCUUUGGUUUGAUCCGUGGUACAUUAUAGGGUUGUAGUGCAGCUUCUUUUAAAGUAAUAGACCAUUAGCGAUUCCUUCGUAUGUAAUCCAGCUAUCUGUUUCUUACUCUACUUUCAACUCUAUAGCUUUUCAAAUGUGUAAGCUUGCGUUUCUGUCAUAGACACUGAUUAUAUCGGCAUUUAUGAUUUCGUAUUUUCAGUCAACAAUUACUCAUAUAUGUAUCAGUACAAAGCUUUUAGGUUAAGAAGUACUGAAUUUUCUUUUUAAAUUAAAAUAUCAGUUAAAUGAGGCAAGUUUAAGACCAUUUUUCUUAAGGUUUUGGCAUUCAAUAGCUUACAAGUGCCAUUCUUUCAGGCAAAUGUGACAAUUAAUAGCUCUCAGUACGGUUUUAAUAAUUUAUUAUGAGAUAUUUAAGAUUUUGAAACAUAAGAUAAAGAACCCUAAAUUAUUGGGGCAUAUUUCCAGAAGGACCUUUUUGUCUUUUUAAGCACAAGAUAAAGUAUAAAGAGCGUAGGGUUUGAGUUAUAUUACCAUUUUAAACUGAUAUGCAGUACUUGAUUCACAUUUAACGUUCAAACCUACAUAAAUUAAACGGUUGUUUGAACGGUAUUGAGGUCAUUUCUUCCACAGACGCCUUCAAUAGAUCGGCCUCUGUGGUUAGCUAGUGAAAUAUUUCUUCUGAAGACGCCUCCAGUAUGGAAUCUGAUAUGUGGUAUAAUCAUGUACAUAAGUAUGUCCCAGUUUCUACUUGAGAAGAGUUGUCUUGAAAGAGUGGGAUCAGAAAAUGAGGCAUUGAUUUGCAUUUUCAGUGCACCAUCGGCCUUGUUGAAGGAAUGUGAAGAUGCGUAUGUGCCUCAAAU